AUGAAUUUCGAUGUUGGAGGUCCAUCAUACUUAUCAUCAUCUUCAUCUUCGGAUGAUGAUAAUUUUCUGUCCAAUAUCAUUGCAGAGAUUGAUGAAACCGAAGAAGUAAUUUGUGAGUACAUCAACAACAACAUGAUCCUCGUUAACAAUUUACGUCAACACAACUACCAACCGAUCCAUGGUGGCUCGAUUCCCGGUCAUGCAGUGAUCAACCGCGAUCGAGAAAAUGCGCAUCAGAAUUUGGUCAUAGAUUACUUUGCCGAUAAUCCACGUUUUGGAGAAGAUAUGUUUCGUCGUCGAUAUCGGAUGUCAAGAAGUUUGUUCCUUCGUAUUGUUGAUGCAGUGAAAGAUCAUGACUAUUACUUCCAACAACGAAGUGAUGGACUUGGUAGAAUGGGAUUAUCACCAUUACAGAAAGUAACAGUUGUUUUUCGCAUGUUGGCAUACGGUCUACCAGCUGAUGCUAUGGACGAAUACGUUAAAAUAGGUGAGUCAACAUCAAUUGAAAGUAUGACAAAAUUUUGUCGUGCUAUGGUGGAAAUAUUCGCAGAGCGGUAUCUACGAACACCUAACACUAACGAUAUUGCUAGACUACUCUAUAUUGGAAAAAAACGUGGUUUUUCAGGAAUGUUAGGAAGUCUUGAUUGUAUGCAUUGGAAAUGGAAAAAUUAUCCAACAGCAUGGUCUGGGCAAUACACAGGACGUAGUGGGUCACCAACUAUUAUCCUCGAAGCUGUGGCAGAUUAUGAUCUUUGGAUAUGGCACGCAUAUUUUGGUAUGCCAGGCACCAAUAAUGAUAUCAAUGUGCUGGAGUCAUCUAAUCUUUUCUCUAACCUAGCUCAAGGUAUUGCUCCUCCCGCUCACUAUGUUAUUCAAGGAAAAGAGUAUAAUAUGGGUUAUUAUUUAGCUGAUGGUAUAUAUCCGAAAUGGGCUACUAUUGUACAAACAAUCCAACAGCCACAAGGUAGGAAGAAAAAAUAUUUUGCCAUGAAACAGGAAGCAUGUAGAAAAGAUGUAGAACGUGCGUUCGGAGUUCUCCAAUCACGAUUUGCAAUCGUGGCAGGAUCAGCACGUUUUUGGAAAAAACAUGUAUUACAUGACAUAAUGACUGCAUGCAUUAUUAUGCACAAUAUGAUAAUCGAGGAUGAACGUGAUCUUUAUGCACCAAUUCAAGAAGUGAGGGAAGCACCAACACCAGAAGUUGAUAUGGUAGCAGAUGAAACUACAAGAUUUACUCAAUUUAUUGCACGUUACGGAAAAAUCAAGGAUAAAGAUGCCCAUAUUGCGCUUCGUAAUGCAUUGAUAGAUCAUCUAUGGGAGGAAUACACUAAUUCAGAUAGUUAA